GAGAGUGAGAGGGCUGGGAGACUCACACAGAGAGUGAGAGACUGCUGGGAGACAUGGGAAGAGAGGGCUGCAGAGAGACAUCUUAGUGGGCAUUACCAGCUGUGUGUGAGAGACUCCAGCACAAAGUUAGACGGUCAGUCUGUGCUCCUUCCCACUAUUUACCUCCUCAGUGUUUCUAUUUAUUGGGACUCAGAGCUGAGUGAGGGGACUGUUAGAGCAACUCCUGGAAUUUGGGGGAUUCUGUGCUGGUCCCCUAGGAGUCCCCCCUUCUCUAGUUAUCUAGGCAGACACAGGGGACAUGAGCUGGACAUAGCAUAUGAGAGACCACUAAUUCUCACCCACGAUUUGCAGACCGAGGCUGGUGCCCUUGGCACUGCUCAUCUUGGGAUUUGGGGGGGUUCCAGGCUGCAAUGCGACUGUCCAUGUUACUGUCAUUGCUCCGGCCUGCGGGCCCCGUGGUGGUGGGCAUUUCUCUGGGCUUUACACUCAGCCUGUUGAGUAUAACAUGGGUAGAUGAACCAUGUGGGAGUAUAUUAAGGCUCCCUGGGGGGUCAGGGUUAGCUUCAGACCCCAUACACGAUAGGAGCAAUGUUAAUUCAGCCAGAAAACCGAACUCUGUUCCAGCUGGAAUGGAGAACGGCGAAAAUUUUGAACCCAGAAUCAUUCCUUACAAGCCACCGGACCCCCGCAAAGUGCAGGAGAAACCCAAUCGAUCUCGAUACAUAAGCACAGAACUUGGAAUCAGAGAUCGUCUCUUUGUUGGGGUCCUCACAUCAAAGACCACCCUCAACACUCUUGCAGUUGCAGUAAAUAAGACUCUUGGUCAUCGGCUAGAGAAGCUAGUCUAUUUCACGGGCAUGCGAGGACGGAAGCUUCCACAUGGCAUGUCGGUGGUUACCCAUGGAGACGACAGGCCGAUCUGGAACAUGUAUCAGACAGUUAAGCAUCUGUUGGAUCACUACGUUCAAGAAUAUGACUGGUUUUACCUGGUACAGGAUGAUACUUAUACAGAAGCUCAUCGGAUUUCCCGUCUGGCAGCACACCUCAGCAUAGAUUCUGACCUUUACUUGGGUAGACCAGAGGAAUUCAUUGGAGGGGAUACGGAAGGGAGAUACUGCUACGGAGGCUUUGGUUAUCUGCUCUCCAGAAGCCUUCUGCGGAAGUUGCAGCCACACUUGGAAAACUGUCGCAAUGAUAUCCUGAGCGCGAGACCUGAUGAGUGGCUUGGGAGGUGUAUCAUCGAUUACACGCAUGUGAACUGUGUGGAGGAACAUGAGGGAAUAAGAUACCGUUAUUUCGAGUUGGGUAAGAAUGUGGACCCCGAGAGAGAGAAUAACCCCAUGUUUAAGAAUGCCUUUACGGCUCACCCAGUGCUGGAUCCUGUGCAGAUGUAUCGUCUUCACAAACACUUCGCCCAUCUAGAGUUGGAACGAACUUACCUAGAAAUCGAGCAGCUACAGAGGGAGAUUCAAAAUGCCAGCAGCCAGUCCAUUGAUGAGGAGAAAUCCGCAGUCUGGCCACUAGGAAUCCACCCUCCUUUCAAACCACAGACUCGUUUUGAGGUCUUACGGUAUGAUUACUUCACAGAGGACCAAACGUUUUCAUGUGCUGACAGCUCCCCCAAGUGUGAACUGAUUGGAGCUGAUCUUGCUGAUGUAUCUGAUGUUAUCAGCACCGCCGUUGAUGAACUGAAUCGCAAGUACCAGCCUGUGCUUCAUGUGCGCAAACAGCAGCUCCUGAAUGGCUACCGACGCUUCGACCCCACGCGUGGUAUGGAAUAUACAUUAGAUCUCCAGCUAGAACUGGUAACUCAAAAGGGCCAUAGCCGCUCCAUAACCAAGAGGGUACACCUUGUGCGUCCUCUGAGUGAGGUGGAAAUCAUUCCAAUGCCAUAUGUAACGGAAGCAAGUCGAAUCAACAUCAUUCUCCCUCUGACUGCCCAAGACAGAGAAUAUGCCUCUCGUUUCCUCCAAGCAUUCAUUGAUAUUCAAGGCAACGAAAACUCUCUUCUUACGCUCCUUUUUAUCUAUGAUCCUUUCCAGGCUCAGCAGGUUAGCCAAAAUGACAUUUUCAGCCAAGUAAAGAGUCAGAUUGCUGAAUAUGAGCGCAAGUACCACGACCUAAAGAUCCCAUGGAUCAGCGUUAAGACUGAUGCACCUUCCCAAAUCCGACUUAUGGACAUUAUCUCCAAAAAGCAUCCGGUGGACACAUUAUUCUUCCUUGCCGGGGUGGGUAGCCAUGUUAACACAGACUUCCUGAAUCGAUGCCGCAUGAAUACGAUCAACAACUGGCAGGUAUUUUUCCCCAUACACUUCCAAGGUUAUAAUCCUGAGGUAUCGGAGCAUGGACAGCAGUCCCCUCCAGCCACUCUGGAGUUGGUGAAAGAUGCUGGCCGCUUUGACAGAGAUGUUUUUGAGGAGGCCUGCUUCUACAACGCAGACUACAUGGCAGCCCGAACAAAGAUGGCAGCAGAUGCACAGGAAAACGAGGAAAUCUUGGAAAUGCUCGACAUCUAUGAGAUGUUUAUCCGCUACUCAGGACUACACGUCUUCCGAGCAAUAGAGCCUGCACUUCUGCAGCAUUAUCGUUCUCGGGCGUGUAACCCUCGACUGAGUGAGGAGAUUUACCACCGCUGUGUGCAGAGCAACCUAGAAGGAUUGGGCUCACGCUCCCAGCUUGCUGUGCUGCUUUUUGAGCAGGAGCAGGGAAAUAGCACUUGACCGAAACUUCCUCAGUCCCAGCUUGGUGAUGGAGACCUUAAGACAUUCCUAAACAUAUCAGUAUGUUGCUAUGGACUAAUGGGACUUCAAUAAGCCCUUUCAAAAUAGCCAGUGCUCCAGCACAUGUGAUUUACAUGAAGCUCUAUAAACUGGGAAAUUUUAAAUCUGACGUGAGGGAACAUUCCCUCCAAUAGUGACUGCCUGCAGCAUUGCAAUUCUUUUAUGUCUGUGUAUUGUAUUGUGUGUUUGAAUCUGGCGUAGCCCUGUACUGUGUGAAAAUGUUGACUACGGUACUUGCUGUUUUUUUUUGUUUUUUUUAUCUACACAUCAGAUUUAUGACCAGUGAUGACUUAUGUAAUAUGCCAAAGGAUUCAGGGUCAAAGUUGUAGGGAUAUAUCUAUCACAUUUUAUUUAUUUUGUUUUUGGUCGGGGGUCACAUUAUUUCCUUUUUCUUUAAAUUGGUUAUCAUGCAAUGUAGCCUAUUUAGUCUCAGUGUCUAGUAAUGUCACUUUGAUUCCCUUCUCUUGUUUUUCCUUAUUUUUUGUCACUGUUCCCCAUGUGCAGGUUACAUUGUGCUUAAAGGUCAAAUCUGUACCUUGUGCUUGUUGCUUUUCCAUUGAGAACAAAAGUGCAAUGCACUCCCUGUGCAGGAAGCAAAUGUAAAAUGGUAUGUCCGGAAUCUGAGUCCAGGUCCACAAAUUAUCACACCUUUACACUCCAGGUAUCCAGAUUAGACAAAAACGGCACUGCCAAUCAUGUACAAACUAAAUUAUGUCACUCCAAUAAUGUGUUAAUUUAUAUCACCAGUAAAAUAACUCCAUGGAAGGGACUCCAGCUAAUAUUACUCAAAGCAUAAUUUUGAACUGGGUAAUAAAAUCUAGAACCCAGAAGCUAGCAAUAAGUUAAGUGUAUUUUUCUGGUUUAAUAAGUUAUAACUGUUUUUGGGAGGUAUACAAAAUGUGGAUAAUUACGUCAUGCAUUUAAUCUGUAUUCAGUGUGUCUGCGCAGAAAAGGUACUUUAUGGUUUGUUAGUUUUGUUUUUAAAGACCGAGCGCUGUUAACCUUUUCUUCUUCAACAGACCACUCUGCGUCGGUGGUUCUGAAGCAAGAAGUGACAUUCAUUGUACGGUCCUUUAACCUGUUUGGGUGGCAGAGAAUUGUGCAAUACCUUUUCAGAGCAAUGCAACGUCCCACCGUAUCUGGAGCCCACUACCAGAUUUUCUCUCUUUUUUUUUUUAGGAGUGUGAGCGCAUGUCGUACUGCUAACUUGUUCUGUUGUCAAACUUGAAUUUUUAUUUUUUUAUUGACCAUUUCCAUUACCUGUUUAUAAUCUCUUCAAUGGCUGAGACUCGCGGCAGUAUCCAGCUUUCUAGGGUAGAUAUUGCGGUUCUCUGUACCAAUGCAGAGGUUAAUACUAAACAAGUUGUAUGGAUUUCACACUGGGGAUGGGAGGAGGUGCAUUAACUUAAAAAAUGAAGUAUCUUUUUGUAUGAUUAAUCUGUAAACACCACCGGCGCCUCUUGAAAGCAAUCAUUUUUAUAUUAUAGAUCUAUUUAAUUUUUUUUUUUGUCAUUUGAUUUUAAAUAUUCUACUUUAAUAAAAAUGCAAGAAACCUG